AUGCAAUUCUUCACGCUCUCCGCCUUGCUCUCAUCGCUCCUUGCUGUCUCUCUCGCAGCACCAGCGAAAGAACACGCCCUCGUGCCUCGUCAAACAUAUAUCAUAACAUGCAUCGGUGGCCGCUGUGACGACGGCUCGACUCCACAGCCCACGGCCAAACCCACUUCAUCAAAGAAACCCGAUCCACCAAAGACGACAACUACAAAGCCUACACCGAUCAAGCCCUCAUCAAAGGUUCCUGAACAACCUACCAAGACUACCACUGGUGAGGAGACCGGGCCAAGCAGUACCAGUUGUCCGGUGCCGCUGUUCUACAAAUGUGGUGGCUGGGACUAUGACAAGCCUUGGUCUGGGUGUACGGUCUGUGUGAAGGGAGCGAAGUGUGUGAUGCAGAAUGAAUGGUACUACCAGUGUGUUGCAGAUGAUGGCUCAUGA